CUGUGUCCAGUUUAUAAUGCCAGCAGUAUAUCUUAUGACAGGCAUGGCCCAGGUGUUUAUGGCCUUGAUGGUGUUGCCUCCAUUGAGCUUGCUUUUGAGAAUUUUUCUGACCCUUUGUGUGUAUUCUUUACUGACCACAGUCUUCACAUGUUCAUGCUUGAUGUUGUCCAGCUGUAAUAUUAUUAUUACUAUUAUUAUUACUAUUAUUAUUAUUAUUACUAUUACUAUUAUUAUUAUUAACAUUGAGGCUGGGUGGCCAUCUGUCAGGGGUGCUUUGCUUGUGCUUUCGGUGCACAAAGGCAGAAGGGGAUUGGACUCAAUGGCCCAACGGGUCUCUUCCAACCCUCUUUGUUAUUAUUGGUGUUGUUGCUAUUAUUAUUAUUAAUUAUUAUUGCUUGGUGGCCGACUAUAGUCCGGCCCUCCAACGGUCUGAAGGAUCGUGAACUGGCCCCCUGUUUUAAAAGUUUGGGGACCCCUGUUCUAGCGUAUAGAGGGACCUACUGUGAUACAUUGAGUUCCAAGAUUCAAUCUAAAAGAUGGUUGGUUUUUAAAAUAAUUCUCUGGAGUCUGGGCAAAGGAGGGGGUGGAGCCCAAAAUGCUGUUAUGUGAUGGUUUGGGUCCUUUUCAUGCCAAGAAAGGAAGAAAGAAAGAAAGAAAGAAAGAAAGGAAAGGAAAGGAAAGGAAAGGAAAGGAAAGGAAAGGAAAGGAAAGGAAAGGAAAGGAAGAAGUCUACAUCUACUUCUUGGCAACUUUAGGAUUUUUGGAAGACUUAAGGGGGCAGAAAAAGUUUUUUCGGAUUGGAUGGCAGUUUACACCUAGCAUAUUUGUUGCUCCUUGCAUAAUCCUGAGUUAAGGAUUCUGUGUGUAAGAGAGAGAGCGGGGAGUGAAUUUUCAGUUUCCAACCUGUAUUGUUUAUAGAUUUUAUCAACAAAAACUAGAUACACUUCAUGGGAUGUUUACAGAUUGCUCCAUUUCUUAGUAUACUUGCACAAAAUAUUGAUUUUAAAGGGACAAAGUAUUCUUUAUGUGUUUUGACAGAUCUGAUGUUUCCUUCUGAAAUACCCAUGUAGCUCAGAUUCCACUCCAUAUGCUGAUUAAACAUUAAGCUCUUGCAAAAGGGCUUGGCUUGGUGACGGGCCCUUAUAAUAAAUGCUGGGGUUGCCACUGCCUCUGCUGUCUGUCUUCCAGUUCAUAAUGGAAGGAUUUGUUCUCUUCCUGGUGACUGCCUUCCUGAUCUGUUUCCCGAUUUCUUCCUACAGUCAACUCUACUCCAUGGUUGUCCCCAGUGUCCUGUGGGUGGAGAGUGAAGAGCUGAUUGUGGUGGAGGCUCAUGGUCUUAGUGUUGCCACAGAAGUGGCCAUCUCUGUCCAAGAUUUUCCACAGAGGAAGAACAUCUUUUACCAGAUCAGAGCUACCAUGAACCCAGUCAAUGGCAUGAUGGUGACUCCUUUCAUAAAGGUUCCUGGAAAAGACUUAAAGAAGGAUUUCAAGAAUAAACAGUAUGUGGUUGUCCAGGCUUAUUCGCCUCAAUUCACACUUGAGAAGGUUGUUUUGGUUUCCUUCCAAAGUGGCUAUAUCUUCACCCAGACGGACAAACCCAUCUACACACCUGGAUCUUCAGUGCGCUAUCGUGUCUUCUCUAUGGGUCGUGGCAUGGAACGUUUGGACAAAAGAGUGGUUGUUCAAUUUGAGACACCAGAAGGAAUUAUUGUCAGCCAGAAUACUUUACAUCCUGCGUUACUGUCUUUCCAGUCUUUCCAACUACUUGAGACUGUCAGUUUGGGAACCUGGAAUGUUGUUUCUAAAUAUGACGAUUUCCCGCAGGAGGUCUUCAAAACACCAUUUGAUGUCAAAGAAUAUGUGUUGCCAAGCUUUGAAGUUGCUAUCGAACCAGAAGAGAGAUUUUAUUAUGCUGAUACUGAGAAAAAUUUCAGCGUGGUUAUCACCGCAAGAUACCUUUAUGGGAAGAAAGUAGAAGGUGUAGCCUUUGUCCUCUUUGGAGUGAAAAUUGAUGAUGGGAAAAAGAGUAUUCCAGAUUCACUGAGGAGAAUUCCAAUUCAAGAAGGGGAAGGACAUGCAGUGCUAACAAGAGACAUGCUUCAGACCCAAUUUCGUAACCUGAAUAUGCUUGCUGGGCAUUUGCUCUAUGUCUCUGUUACAGUGAUGACAGAAUUAGGGAGCGACAUGGUGAUGACUGAAAGAAGCGACAUUAACAUAGUGACAUCUCCCUAUCAGAUCCUCUUCACAAAAACCUCAAAGUUCUUCAAGCCAGGGAUGCCAUAUGAGCUGAUGGUGUUUGUCACCAACCCUGAUGGUUCCCCAGCUGCCCAUGUUGCUGUGGUAUCAGAGCCCAUUCGGGUUGAGGCAACCACCCAGGAUGAUGGGACAGCCAGGCUGAUGCUGAACAUACCAGCAGACACACAAGAGCUAAGAAUCACUGUAAAAACCAACCAAGCAAGACUCACAAAUGAACGUCAGGCAACCAAAACAAUGAUUGUUACAGCCUACGAAACCCAGGAAGGGUCUGGAAACUAUCUCCAUUUACUAAUUUUAGCUACAGAGCUUAAGGUUGGAGACCAUUUACCUGUCAUGUUCCAGAUCAAAAGCAGCAACCUAAAUGUAGUAAACCAAAUCAGAUAUUUCACCUACAUGAUCUUGAGUAAAGGGAGGAUAAUCAAGGUUGGGAGGCAACCCAGGUCUGCCGGGCAGAAUCCAGUGACUAUGUCUCUGUCCAUUACUCCAAAUCUCAUCCCUUCCUUCCGAAUUGUGGCUUACUACCAAGUGGGGAACAGGGAGAUUGUGGCUGACUCUGUCUGGGUGGAUGUGAAGGACACCUGCAUGGGAACGCUGGUUGUGAAAGGAGCAACUGAGACUGACAAUCACAUUCAUUGGCCGGGAAACAACAUGGAGAUAAUAGUGGAAGGGGACGCAAAUGCUCAGGUUGGCCUUGUGGCUGUGGACAAAGCUGUCUAUGCCCUGUACAAAAAGAGUAAGAUAAGUCAGACUAAGAUCUGGGACACAGUAGAAAAUAGUGACAUUGGCUGUACUGCUGGCAGUGGUAGGAACAAUGUGGGUGUGUUUGAAGAUGCUGGGUUGGCCCUGGAAACCAGCAACAAGCUUUCCACAAAACAGAGAUCAGAUAUAAAAUGCCCUCAGGUUGCAAGGCGAAGAAGGCGUCGCUCCAUACAAGGUGAUAAUGAGGAGUUUAUAUUAGAUGAGGAUUAUAUUGUCUCCAGGACUGAAUUUCCAGAGAGCACGUUGUGGGAAACAAAAGUACUGAUGGGCACUCCUAACGAUAAAGGAAUCUCAUCCAGGAGAGUUUAUUUUUCAGUGAAGGAUUCCAUCACAACCUGGGAGGUGUUGGCUGUGAGCAUUUCAGAAACAAAAGGCAUCUGUGUGGCUGCCCCUUAUGAAAUAACUGUCAUGAAAGAUUUCUUUAUUGACCUCAGGAUGCCUUACUCAGUAGUUAGAAAUGAGCAGAUUGAGAUCCAGGCUAUUCUCUACAACUAUGGAAGGAACAAUAUCAAGGUGCGAGUGGAGCUGAUUCACAACCCAGCCUUCUGCAGUGCUUCCACCGCCAAACAGCAGUACAGGCAUGAUGUCACUAUCAGGGCUCAGUCCUCUACGGCAGUCCCAUUUAUUUUGGUAACACUUAAGCUGGGAUUCCAUGAUGUUGAGGUCCAAGCGGCUGUCUGGAAUGUGAUGGUGGCUGAUGGUGUGAAGAAGAAGCUUCGGGUUGUGCCUGAAGGGAUACGGAGAUCGCUUGUGAGAGUCAUUGAACUGGAACCAUCUAUAAAAGGCAAAAAUGGAACCCAAAUAGAAUUGGUGAAAGCUCUUAAUUUAGAUGAUAUUGUUCCUGGAACUGAAAUCGAAACCAAAAUUAGCAUCCAAGGCAAUCCAACGGUGUAUAUUGCUGAAGAGUCCAUUGAUGGAAGCAACCUGAGACAUUUAAUCAUAACACCGUCUGGCGAUGGGGAAUCAAACAUGAUCACCAUGACACCAACAGUUAUUGCCACUCAGUAUCUCGAUGCAACAAAUCAGUGGGAGAAGGUGGGAGUGAAUCGCAGGAGUGAAGCCAUCAGGCAGAUCAUGAAAGGUUACGCUCAGGAACUGGCGUAUAUGAAACCAGAUUUCUCCUAUGCUGCAAGGGGAAACCACCCAUCUAGCACUUGGUUAACAGCAUAUGUAGUUAAGAUCUUUGCCUUGGCUUCCCACAUGGUAUCAACUAUUAGCUAUCAGGUUAUCUGUGGAGGUGUGAAGUGGCUGAUUCUGGAGAAGCAAAAGAUAGAUGGGAUUUUCACUGAAGAGGCCCCUGUGAUUUUUAGAGAGAUGGUGGGAGGCUAUAGGGGUGCUGAACCAGAAGUGUCAUUAACAGCUUUUGUCCUGGUUGCAUUGCUGGAAUCCAAAAGCCCCUGUGAGAGAUACGUUGAUGUUCUAGCUACCAGCAUCAACAGAGCUGCUGACUAUUUACUGAAGAAAUAUAACACAUUGCAAAGGCCUUAUACCACCGCGCUGACAGCCUAUGCUUUGGCCCUGGCAGGGAGACUGAAUGAUGACAGAAUCCUCAUGGCAGCAUCAACAGGUGGGAACUACUGGGAAGAUCAUGAUGCCCACGCCUACAACAUUGAAAGCACCUCCUAUGCCUUGCUGGCCUUGCUGAAAAUGAAGAAAUUUGAGAGUACUGGCAAUAUUGUUAAAUGGCUUAGGGAGCAGAAAUAUUAUGGGGGAAUACAGGGACAAACCCAAGCAACCAUCAUGAUGUUCCAAGCUCUUGCCCAGUAUGAGAUCGGCAUACAUUCUCCAAAGGACUUUGUCCUGGCUAUUGCUAUCGAAUUGCCAGAAUUUGGGGAUCUAAUUCGUUACAAAAUUGAACAUGAGGAUGCCUUUCUGGCCAGGACAGCAAGGACCCGGCUCAAUGCUGAUUUCACUGUGCAAGCUUCAGGCCAAGGGAACGCGACAAUGACUGUUGUGACACUGUAUAAUGCACAGAUGAAAGCAGAUGCAACUCAAUGCAAGAAUUUCACCCUUGAUGUUAGUGUUGAGCCCCUCGAACUGAGUCAGGAGGAGCUGAAGGGAUCAAAGCAGAUUGUCAAAAUCAAAAUCUGUACCAGAUAUCUUGGUGAUGUUGAUGCCACUAUGUGCAUCAUUGAUGUUUCCAUGCUCACUGGUUUUGCACCUGAUGUUAAAGAUCUUAAUAGGCUUUCUGAAACAGUCCAAAGAAAUAUUGCCAGGUAUGAAAUCAACAGAGGCUACUCUGAAAGAGGAAAUCUUAUCAUUUAUUUGGACAAGGGGGUUGGACUGGAUGGCCCACAAAGUCUCUUCCAACUUUAUGAUUCUGUGACAAUCAAGGGUGCAUCAAUAUCUCUCAGACAGCAGAUCAGCCCUUUACUCAAGCAUAUCUCACACUCAAAUGAUGAAUGCCUACAAUUCAGAGCUCACCAGUUUUUUGAAGUUGGCCUCAUUCAGCCUGCAUCUGUGAAGGUGUACAGCUAUUACAACACAGAUGAGCAGUGCAUCAAGUUCUACCAUCUGCAUAAAGAAAGUAGCCUCCUCAGUAAGAUAUGCUAUGGUGAUGUCUGCCGAUGUGCAGAAGAAAGCUGCUCUUUCUUCAAUCAUGCAAAGACAGAUGUCAGUCUUCAGCUACGAGCUCAACUGGCCUGCAAACCAGAAGUGAAUUACAUUUACAAAACAAAGCUGGUUCAGAUAGAAGAGGAAAAUGGUUUUGACAACUACUUCAUGCAAGUUCUGGAAAGGAUCAAAGAAGGGAUUGAUCAAAAUCCAGAAGCCAGUCCUCGCAAGUUUAUCAGUCAGAUGAAAUGCAGGGAAACUCUGAAUCUGCAGGAGAACAAUGACUAUCUGAUUUGGGGUAUCACCAGUGACCUAUGGCCUGCAAAUAAUGAUUUCUACUACUUUAUAACCAAAGAUACCUGGAUUGAGAGAUGGCCAAGUGAGGAUGAAUGCGAAGAUGAAAGAUUUCAGAACCUAUGUAAUGACUUUGACCGGUUGAUAUAUUCAUUGACACUUUUGGGCUGUCAGGCCUAAUUGGAGUUGCUUGCUGUCUGUUAUUCAUGAAAGUCAGGCUUUUGAGGUUAAUGCUCAGAAGUCACAUUCCCACCUGAAGUUUUAGCAUUUAUUAUUUUCCUUUCUUUGCUCUUCUUUCCUUCACUUCAAAUUAUGUAUAAAAUAAAGGCCUGAUUUCUUA